ACAGCUGUUCUGUUCACUUGCCGGCAGCAAAGCUAAUGAAAAUACCAAUAAAGCUGAAUUACUAACCGUUUAUUAUGAACGAUAUUAAGCGAUUGAAGGAUCAGCAGCGUGAGAGGCAUCCAGGAUUUGAUGGUUACAUUGACUGCAUGACGCGCUCCUUGUUCACAGGACUAGCAACAUUUUGUUUGAGUUUUUCUGGCACAUAUUUCGCUCAGAAAAUUGUACAAUCCCGUAUUCGUUAUCCAGCCAAGUACAAUAUAUUGAUUUCAUCACUGGUGGCCACUGGAGUCUCUUACCAAACAACUUCGACCCGCACUAAAUCCUGUCAAGCAUCUUGGAUGGCCUUUGAGGAAAAGCAUUCAGUGCUGAACGAGAAGACCUUUUAG